GGAAGAAGCAGGGCACGUUUCAUGUUUCGCGGGGUUUCACUACUGCGCAUGCGCUUUACUGCGAGUUUUUCGCGCGGGUCUUCUGUUCUGUUUUACAUUUAAUUAUAUAAUAGUUUAAUAAACUCGCCACGUUAGGACUAUGUGGAACCAGGGAGGAUACGCUGACUCCACUGUGGCUGUAGGAUACAACCAGUCUCCAGGAGGAUUUGCGUCACCUACAUUAUCUCAGGGAGCAGAGAAGAGAGGGAGGACCCGGGCCACACAGAUAAUCCCUUGUACAGUUUCCCAGUUGAUGUCUGCCAUGCAGGCUGAUGAGGCCUUCAAAGUCGGAGAUGUGGAGGUCUCCCAGAUUACCAUUGUGGGUGUGAUUCGGAGCACAGACAAGUCCAUGACUAACAUCCAGUACAAGGUGGACGAUAUGACCACUGCUCCCAUGGAUGUAAAGCAGUGGGUAGACACUGAGGACCCCAGUAUAGACAGCACUGUCCUGCCUCCAGGAACCUAUGUCAAAGUCUCUGGCAACCUUCGCUCCUUUCAGAAUCACAGGUCGAUGGUGGCGUUCAGCAUCAGGCCUUUGGAGGACAUGAAUGAAAUCACCUCACACAUGCUGGAAGUUGUCCAAGCACACAUGGUGCUCAGCAAACCACAAAACACAUCAGGCGGAGGGGGGGUUGGGAGCAGUAACAUCACAGCCGGUGUGUCGGGGCUAGCCAUGGGAAACGUUGGUGGAAUGGGAGCGGCCUAUGCUGGAGCUAGCAAUGGCUUGAGCACCAGUCAGAAUCAGGUGUUGAGUUUGAUAAGAAGCUGCCCUGAGCCACAGGGCAUCAGCAUUCAGGACCUAAAGAUGAGACUGGGUGGGAUCAGCUUGGCCACUAUCAAGCAAGCUGUGGAGUUCCUGAGCAACGAAGGUCACAUCUUCUCCACUAUUGAUGACGACCACUACAAAUCAACAGACAGUGACGACUAGACGUCAAGCACAAGACCCAGUGACGUAGCCUGGCAGAAGGCAGCAAUAUCAGUUUUAUUUCAAAGGAUAUGGUCUUAGCCAUAGUGUGUAGCAGACUGUGAAAGCUUGUCAGAACAUUCACUGUGCAGAUGCUGUGGCUGAUUUUUGAACUUCUGGUUUCAGUUUUUAGACAUCCCAUGUUCCUGAGGAUGCUGCUUCUGUUUUGCAAACCACCAAGGCUUUGUCAGAGAUGGUGAUGUUGACAGUUAAUACUAUUAUUCUGUCUGUCACUUUCUCCACUGUAAAGUAAUCUUGUAAUUUUAAACAUGUGGAACGUGAAGAAUCCAGUAUUUUGUUUUUUGUCUGUAGCUUUGGAAAAAUUAAAGGUUUAUACACAACACA